CGGACGGAAAGGUUCCAUGACGUGUUUCCGGUCGGACUGUUUUUGUGGACGGAGCGCUUCCUGCGUCGCGCGCCUCCCGCCUUCAGGCGGUUGUCGCGCGCAGAGAGCUGCGUCAACUUCAGGGCUGCGCCGGUUAGCUCGGCGGCUAAAGCUAACGUCCUCUGUCAUGAAGACACCAGGACCGGAACCAGGACCAGGACCAGGACCAGGACCAGAGCCGGCUCCAGGUGUUACACGAGCUCUGCCAGGACGGAACCGGUCCGGAUCGGCUGUGCUUCCGGGUUCUGGGGGGACACAGCCAGCUCAGUGCCUCAGCUGAUCUACAGUGGGAAGCUGGACUUCCUGGUGUUUGACUACCUCAGUGAGAUCACCAUGUCUCUGCUCACCGCCGCCAAAGCCAAGAUGCCCAAUCUGGGUUACGCUCCGGACUUCGUCCAGGUCGCUCUGGCUCCGUUCAUUAACGACAUCCAGCGGAAAGGUAUCCGCGUGGUCAGCAACGCCGGAGGCGUGAACCCUCUGGCCUGCGCCGACGCCAUACAGGAAGUCAUUAAAAAGGCUGGCCUGGACCUCAAGGUCGCCGUGGUGACCGGCGAUGACCUCAUGCCCCAUAGAAAGAGUCUGUCUGAAGUGAGGACGGUGGACGGCAGCAGACAGCAGUUACCUCAGGCUCUGCACAGUAUGAACGCUUACCUCGGGGCUCAGCCUAUCCGGCGCUGUCUGGAUCUCGGGGCGGACAUCGUGGUGACUGGACGCUGCGUGGACAGCGCCGUGGCUCUGGGGCCGCUCAUGCACACGUUCGGCUGGGAGAAGACCGACUACGACCUGCUGGCAGCUGGGAGUCUUGCAGGUCACCUGAUCGAGUGUGGCGCUCAGAGUACAGGUGGAAUCUUUACGGACUGGCACAAAGUUCCCGACUGGGACAACAUGGGUUUCCCGGUGGUCGAGUGUUCCAGCGACGGCUCCUUCGUUCUCUCCAAGCCGCCCAAAACCGGCGGCCUCGUCUCUUUCGGCACGGCGGCGGAGCAGCUGGUGUACGAGAUCGGCGACCCGCGGCGGUACCUGCUGCCCGACGUCAUCUGCGACUUCAGCCAGGUGGUCAUCAAGGAGGUGCCAGGUGCAGACGGAGGCGCUGUCAGAGUGACGGGGGCCAAAGGCUUCGCUCCGUCGCACGACUACAAGGUGUGUGCCACCUACAUGGACGGUUUCAGGGCGACGGCAGUUUGUCCGGUCGGCGGUCUGAGAGCGGCGGACAAGGCUCGACGGACCGCCGACAGCCUCAUCAAACGGUCGAAGCGCAUCUUUAAGCAGUUAGGGCUGGACGACUUCAGCUCUGUCAACAUCCAGGUCCUCGGAGCCGAGGACACGUACGGCGCCGGCGCUCGCAGGACGGUAACAGGCAAACUCAACAAAUACGACCCCACACACACCAACUCUCUCCUCUGUCUUCUAACGGAAACGUUUCAGGCGCUUUAAUGCCAACACACAACCGUAGUACUGACCCGUAACAUUCAACAUCUACGACAGACGACGUGUCACACAUUCAGUAUAACCCUACACCUUCAUCACCUCGUUAACUCAAAGCUCUGACCAAAACCGUCUCUGAACGCGAGUCUGUCUGAGUUUAACGAUUAAAUUAGCAAAAUUAAAAACGACAUAAAUCCACCAACCGCCAAACAGGCUCAGCCAAUCAGCGAUGAGCGUCUCACCAAAACACGCCGUACAUCGCUGAGCUCUGACAGAUCCAGCGUUGUACCGUUUCUGUUUACGUACUCGAAACAACAAAAGUUAAAGAUGAGUUUGAUAAAACAGUUCUCACCGCAAUAAUCCUCCGUCCUCGGGUCGGGGUCAGACUUAAUCUUGUGUCACGCCUCCCAGUUUGACACAAACUCUGUCUCCUAACAGAACCGGGUCGAGGUCGGAGUUAAUCCUGUUUCACGCCUCGAACCUCUCACACAGCUCUUUGUUUCUCUUCGUUUUAACAUUUCUCUCCACGUCUCUUCACCAGCUCUCCCUCCUCCUUAGUUAAAAAGAA